AUGGAUGCGGAUACCCAAGCUCUCGUCGACAGGAGAUCUGGCGAAUUGGUCCAAUGGCACAUAUACUGGACAACACCGGCUCUCAUAGUGGCAUUGUUCAUGGCAGGGUUUGCGGCAGCAGUGGGUCAUCACUUGUUUUACAUGCAUCUCAAUGGGAAGCCUGCGACCGAGCAACUGAAGAUGGUGCGAUAUGGUACAGCCUUGGCCUUCUUCGUGAAAAGUACACUGGUUGGAACUGUCAUCAUGUGCAACCGUCAGCGCAUAUGGUAUACCUUCCGACGAAAGGCGAUGACGAUCAAUGGUAUUGAUGGCCUGUUCUCUGCAACGGAAGAUCCGACGCAAUUUUUCCUCAACUGGGAGAUGAUCAGAAAUGGCAAGCUUGCUACGCUCAUGGCAGCCUGUACCUGGGAAUCUACGUACGAUUUUCGGGACAUGAGUAAAUUCUGGCAAAAGAGCUUGAAUUUCUAUAACACCACUGAGCCAGCCGAACAGGAAAGGAGAGAUGAAGACGUCUACUCCGCGGCAACGGGUACAGGAAGCUUCUUCGACUACUACGAUCAGCCGUCGAAGAAUGCGCGCCGCUUAGCCUUCAGUAGCGUGUAUAUGCAGAAGCCACAGCCUCGCGAAAACGCUUCUACCGUAUUCUGCGGACCGGGCUGGAAUUGUACAUACACAAUAAGCUUCGUGGGGCCCGGCUAUCAAUGCGAGGAUGUCGAGGAUGCUGAUGAACCCGACGCGCCAUUCGCAUUGUCUGAACUGGCGCCGAAUGGAAGCCUUGUAUAUAAGGCUGAUGUUGAUCAAGGUAAUUACGGGUAUCAAGAUCCAGCGAAUGGUACAGGGUCUUUAGGCGUAUUCGAGAGUGAACCAAACCUAUGGAUCGGUUACGCCAUCAAUACCUCCGAGCCGUACUCGCACGAUGCGGAGCCGGAGUACAAGGCCAAAUGGGGAAACGUACAUGACCAUCCCAUAGAACCCCAGAAGAACAUUGAAGAAUACAAAGUCACAGCUUCCUUCCAUACUCUAGGUUCACUCCUACGCCGCUUCCUGCGUGGCAGAAUCGAAAAGCAAAAGAUCCUCAUUACCUACUCGGAUCUAUCUGAGACGCGUCUAGUCAACAGCAGCACCUCGUACCCAUUGGUGGAUCUGAAGACAGAGAUACAAGACCUUUUCGAAGACAUACUUAUCACUCUUCUCAACGACCCGAAUCUCGUCGUGGUCCAGACCCAAGAAGUGCCCUGCACAAAAUCACGAACCAUGAUGGUAUACGUGUAUUAUGAAUACUCUCUCUGGAUUGGAUACGCAAUUGUUAUCGCAAUCACUUUCGCUUUCAUCCUGGUCGGCGCGUGGUCGCUCCACAUGAACGGGGUAGCAUCGGAUGUGCUCUUCUCUCGCAUCAUGGCUACCACCCGUAAUCCUACGCUGGAUCAUUUGAGUGUUGGGGCGUGUUUGGGUGGGGAUCCCUUUCCCAAGGAGCUGGCAAAGACGAAGCUACGCUUUGGUGUGCUCCUUGAGGAUGAUCCUAGGGAGGGGCCUUUGGGCAAGGUGGAGCAUUGCUGCUUUGGCACUAUGGGCGAGACGAAGGAGAUUGUUAAAGGUGGUACGUAUGCGGGACUGAAGGAGCACCCCAUACAAGGGAAAAACUAA